AUAAUCGUUGGCAAUUGCAUUAGUUGAACUGCAAACGUUGUUAACUGAACUAUAGCAAUAUGAAGUUCCUUUCAAUUAUAUUCGUGCUGGGUCUGUUGGCUUUGGCCAGUGCUUCUCCCUUGAAACCAGAUGUGGUCAUCAAUGGCGAUUGUCGCAAAUGUAAUGUUCAUGGAGGCUAGAAGCUGAUAAUGAUAAGCGAUGAUAAGAAUAAUCCAAAAUCAUAAAGUAUAUUAUACUACAUUUUUGGUCAAUAAAAUGUAAAUUUGUCAGGCAAAAUGUUAAAUGUCGAUUUGUAUAAUUAUUACUGACUAACUGAUUAAUUAACAGUCAUCAGUCGAUAAAGAAGUUCCAGUUGUGACCAA